AUGCUUUUAACUUCUCUCUACUUCUGGGAUAGCACUUACAACACCUUUCACCUCCCUUGUGGGAUGGUCACGCCUACCCUUUUCGACGCAGCAGCCAUUGUUGGUCUUCAUCCCAAUGGUAUAGAUUUCGACCCUACUGUCUUAAAUGAAGAUACCAUUGCUUUCGAGACUAGCCUUGCACCUUACUCCUUAUUCAUGUCCUAUUAUCACGAUAAGACCGUGAAGAUCCCUGCUAAGAAAGCUGUUGUUGAAGCGUCGCCCAGUACUGCUAAGAAGCCUUCGACAAAGGUAAGUCGAAAAUCCCCAACAAUCCAAAAGAAAAAGAGUGAAGAGGAGAGAGGCGAGGAUAAAGUCCCUAAUGAAGAGUCUGGUGACGAAUCUCCAGAGUUAAUCCCUCCCCCUCAGAAGAAGAAGAAACUCACGAAGGUCUCUUCCCAAAGAUCCAUCGUUAACCCAAUUAGGAAGGAUUCUACCAGUACUCCUCCUGCUAAGCCUCAGUCGAAAGACACGGGGAGUGGGAAAUCCGGCUUUAAUACUGAAACUCCUGAGGUAAUUUUUUAUUUCGACAGCAUAUGUUCGCCUUUCCUACAUCUUUCUUCUAAAUCUUAG